GCCAUGGAUGAAACGCAGGUGAUUGUCGUCGGAGCUGGUCCGGCUGGACUCGCAACAUCGGCUUGCUUGAACCAUCUUUCGAUACAAAACAUUGUUCUCGAAAGAGACGAUUGCAGCGCUUCUCUAUGGCGAAAAAGGGCUUAUGAUAGGUUAAAACUCCACUUAGCGAAAAACUACUGCAGCCUACCCUACAUGCCAUUCCCAGACAAUGCACCGACGUAUAUUUCGCGAGUUGAUUUCAUUAAAUAUCUAGAUGAGUACAUGUCGUCUUUCGGGAUCCAGCCGAGAUGUUGUCGGACGGUGGAACAAGCUUGGUACGACAAGGAGGAGGAAAGAUGGAAGGUGGUGGUGGAAAAUACAAGUAGUGGUGAGCAAGAGAGGUAUGUUUGUAGGUUUCUUGUGGCAGCUACUGGAGAAAAUAGUGAAGGGUUUUUGCCUAGCAUUCCUGGAUUAGAGAGCUUUAAUGGUGAGGUUUUGCAUUCAAGUGGUUAUGAUAAUGGGCAAAGGUUUAGAGGGAAAGAUGUUUUGGUUGUUGGAUGUGGGAAUUCAGGUAUGGAGAUUGCUUAUGAUUUGUCUAACCAUGCUGCAAAUACUUCAAUCGUCGUUCGGAGCCCGGUACACGUGUUAACAAAAGACAUAGUUCGACUAGGGAUGUUUUUAUUGAACUAUUUUCCAUGUAAGGUUGUGGAUUCAAUUAGUAUAACUCUUGCAAAGUUGAAGUAUGGAGAUUAUUCUAAGUAUGGGAUUCAAAGGCCAAGAGGAGGUCCUUUUCUUAUCAAAUCUAAAACUGGUCGAUCUCCUACCAUUGAUGUUGGAUGUAUGAGAAGAAUUCGAACAGGAGAGGUUAAGGUUUUUCCAUCCAUAACUUGUAUAAAGAGAGAUCAAGUGAGAUUUGCAUAUGGGAUUGUGAACUGCUUUGAUGCAAUCAUUUUUGCCACCGGGUACAAGAGCACUGUCAUCAAUUGGCUACAGGAUGAGAAAAAGCACUUCAAUGAAAAUGGAAUGCCAAGAGAAAGGUUCCCAAAUCAUUGGAAAGGGGAAAACGGAUUGUAUUGUGCUGGAUUUGGACAACAAGGUUUAUUUGGAAUUUCAAAUGAUGCACAACAGAUUGCCACUGAUAUAAGCUUGGCUUUGGGUCUAAACAACAUUGCUGUGGAGUGAU